UGUGGUUAUUAGUGUAAAAAUGGCUGCAUCUUCUGAGAUAAGACAGCUCUCAAAGGUUAUUGCAUUGGUGACUGGAGGUGCCUCUGGUCUUGGAAAAGCAACUGUUGCAAGACUAGCCCGUCACGGGGCAAGAGUGGUCAUUGCUGACCUGCCAGGUAGCUCUGGGGAGGAGGUAGCUCAAAAUAAUGGAGACAACACUCUCUUUGUUCCAACUGAUGUUACGUCAGAAUCUGAUGUUGCUAAUGCUUUAUCAGUAACAAAGGAGAGGUUUGGUACCAUCAAUACUGCAGUGAACUGUGCAGGUAUUGGUGUUGCAAUAAAGACACUAUCAAAAAGAGGCCCCCACCCUCUCUCUCAGUUCCAAAAGGUCCUCAAUGUUAAUGCCAUAGGGACUUUUAAUGUAAUUCGAUUGGCAGCUGAACAAAUGACGCAAGGAGAGACAUUAAAUGAAUCAGGAGAAAAAGGUGUUAUUAUCAAUACAGCCAGUGUUGCAGCUUAUGAUGGUCAGAUUGGACAGGCUGCAUAUUCUGCUAGUAAAGGAGCUAUUGUUGGAAUGACACUGCCUAUAGCAAGGGAUUUGGCGCAAUAUGGAAUCAGAGUCUGCACAGUAGCACCUGGUUUAUUCAAGACUCCUCUUUUAGAGGCGCUACCGGAGAAGGUCCAACAGCAAUUAGCCACUACUAUACCAUUCCCACAGCGACUGGGUGAUCCUGAUGAAUACGCCCACCUAAUACAGACCAUCAUAGAGAACCCAUUACUAAAUGCUGAGGUCAUUCGACUUGAUGGAGCUCUUAGGAUGCAACCCUAAAGGAAAAAGAACAAUUGUUUAUUGGACGUAGAAAAUAUUUUGGUUAGCAGCUGCUUUUGUAGAGCCAAUCAGAG